UGAUGAAAGCAAUAUUCUUUGCAUUACUAAUUGCUCUGUCUUUAGCCAACUUCUCAGGAACAGAUGUCCAAGAACUUACUUAAGAUGAUUUCAAUGCAAAAGUUUAAAAUUAGAAAACCUUCUGGGUCAUAGUCGAAUAUUCUCAAUUGACUUAAGAAUAAAGAGAUUAAGUUGUUUCAGCUGCUGAAGCUCUUAAGGGAAUGAUUAAUGUUGGUGCUCUUUCUAAUGGUGCUAGUACAAUCUUAAGAGUAUAUUCAAAUGGAUAGGCAAUUGAAUAUCCAGGAGAAUGGGAAGCCUAAGAAAUUGUCAAUUUUGCCUUUGAUUAAGUCAGAGAUGUAUGAUUAAAUCGUAAUUAAACUUAGUUUGCCUUCAAGAGAGUAGGAAAAGUACCAAAGAAAUAAGGAGAAAAAACACCUGAGCCAUAAAUAGAUGAAAGUGAUGUUAUUGUUUUGACAGAUGAUAAUCUUGAUGAAACUAUUCUCAAUAGUAAAGAUGCUUGGUUUGUUGAGUUUUAUGCUCCUUGGUGUGGUCAUUGGUAUUCAAUCAAAAUAUAAUUAUUUUAGUAAGAAAUUGGCACCAGAAUGGGCUAAAUUGGCAACAUCUCUCAAAGGUGAAAUAAAAGUAGCAAAAAUUGAUGCCAGUGUAGAAGGAUCAAAGUCUAAGACAAAAUAUAAGGUUGAGGGAUUCCCAACCAUUAGAUUCUUUGGAGCAGGAGAGAAAGUAGAUGGUGAUUAUGAAAGUUUUGAUGGAGCCAGAGAUUAUAAUACUCUUCUUAGUUAUGCUCGAGAAACUAAUAGAAAAUUAAAACCUCUUUUCUUUGAAUAAUUGGUUAACUAAUAAUAAUUCACUGAUAAUUGUUAGAAAUCUACUGGAAUAUGUGUUUUAUUAUUUGUUCCACAUAUUUAUGAUUGCGAUUAAGAAUGUAGAGAUGCAUAUUUGAAUACCUAUAAGGAAACUGUUAAACCAUUAAAAUCUAAACCAUUGGUUCACUUUUGGUCAUAAGCAGGAGAUUAAUAUGAAUUAGAAGAAUAAUUUGGAAUGUCAGGAGCUGGGUAUAUAUAAUAAUAUUUAUAAUUAAUAGUUAUCCUUCAGUAUUAGCUUUGAGUCCAAAGAAAUAAUUAUUUUCUAAGAUGAGAGGUUCUUUAACUUCAGCAAAUGUAGAUAGAUUCUUGAACAACCUUUUAAAUGGUAAAGAAUAAGUUUCCAGAUUUGGAUCAAUUGUACCUAUAGAAGAAGUUAAAAAUUGAU